CCAGCGCAAGUUGAUGAACUAGACUGACUGGCCUCGGCGGUGGGAUCAGACAGAAAUUAAGCCGCCUCUCUCAGACAGCGGAAACUGGGAUCAUCUCCCGUCCCUGCGUUGGCAGAGCACCGCAGCCCGAAACGGAACGUUGCUCUCGGGUAUUUUGUCGGAUAUUACGCACAACUUGGAGCUGAGCUGUAAACAUUUUCACGCUGUGGCGGCUGUUCCUUUUUAACUGAACUGAACUGAAGUUCGUGUUUUUUCUUCUUCUUCUUCUUCUUCAUGAGGAAAUCCAAAUUUCUGCAAGUACCAGAAGUGGUCUGAUCUGGGAGAAGGACCCCCCACCCCACUGGUUCCAAACAUGACGUUUUAUCCAGUGGGAGAAACGCAGCUGGGGUGUUUUACUGGUAAACUUCCACAGCAGCUGUUAGUCAGGCUGGACGUCUGAAAGAUGAGACUUGGAAAUUAGCAUACUUGUAGUUUUGCCAACACCCUCCCCAGGAAAUGCAAUGCAUUGAUUUACUGCGCUGCCCGCAUUGUAAAUAACUCAGUGGAUCUGUUUUGUGUGACUUUUAUUCCUGCAAGACCCAUGCCACUAUUAAUCAGUAUCAGCUGUCACUAUGGACUGAUGUUAUUGUGGUGUCCUUUUGUUUUGUUUUCGUUUCCACCCUUUUUGAACCUUAAAUAUUCCAGAGGUGUACUGUCUGGCUGCUGAGAUGCUGAAAGACGGUGAACACAUUUGUGUCUGUGCACACCUUUUCUUGAUUUGAUUUUCUGAGCAUGUGCAAAGUGAAGAGGAACCAGGCAUGAGACUGCACAGACUGGGGAGAUGUGUCACCAGGAAUGCGGGAGGAAUUGUGAGUGGCACUAUGGAAGGCAUGGUGCAGAGUGUUACGAGCUUAAAGUCUACAGGAGAGAGAGAAAUAUGAGCCUUUGCUGUGAGAAAAUUGUAUUUUCUCCUGUCUGAGACCAACUGCUGAAUUGGAAUUGGCAUCAAAUUGCUGUUGGAAUUGAGAACUUGUUCCCCCGUGCACUGUGGGAUAUCCACCCUGAUCUGCAUACGUGACCACCUACAUGCAAGUAACGCUCAUUUGUUGAGUACCCUUAUCUUCAGUUCCCUGUUCCUGUGGUUGUUUUUACUCCAGCGCCCUCAGUUCUUUUAUUGGAGAAAAUUCUUUCUAUUUGAAGCAGGAAAGUUGUCAACAGUAUGUUCAAAUACAAACACAUGAUAAGGGUUGCUUUUGUGCUCCAAACAACCCCUGUAGUCUCUUCCCGAUCAGCGUAUCUCAGUAUGUGUCUCUGAAUACAACAGUGGAUCCCUUGUCAACUUUUGUGCUCCCGGGAUAAACGAAACAAACAGAUCCCCCUCAAACAGAGCGCAUUCAGAGACUAAUAUCCUGUCGCUGUGGUGAUGGGGAGCUCAGCCUCGUCUCUCACUGCAGAGACCGAGUCAGACCAUGGCUUCCGCAGCACCCCGUACCCAUCGUCACCCCCUGUGGGCUGGCUCAGGAACAGCCACAGCAGCCCGGUGUGGGGCACCACCUUCAUCACGCGUCAGCAGCAGCACCCGUUGCCUCAUCGAGAGCGCAGCCACUCUCACUCUCCUGGCUCCAUGGCAGCAGCAGUGCGAGGCAGCGAGUGGUCAUGUGGACGCUGCACCUUUUUAAAUGCCGGUGCAGCACCUCGCUGUUCCAUCUGUGAGGCACCACGCCAGAAACCUGACCUUAACCAGAUCCUGCGGCUGAGCAGCACAGAGGAGCACCGCUGGGCCUGUCCCCGCUGUACACUCAACAACCCCCAGGGAUCUGGAGCCUGCUCUGUCUGCGGCUUCGGACCAUCCCCUGCCACUCACACACCCCCUACAACCACCAUAGCCGCCACUGCCAAUGGUCUCCCACCUGCUCCAGCGGAGCCCCCAACACCUACUGUCACCCCCACAGUUUUGCUUGAGCCCCAUGGGCAGCACCCAGCUAAGGAGGAAGUGCUGCGACGGUCCGAGAGCAAUGGAGAGGUGGUCGUCCUGGAGGGGCAGCACUCGGGCUGGGCUUGCCCUCGCUGCACACUUCACAACACACCCGUAGCGCUGUCAUGCUCAGCCUGCGGUGGGCCCAGGAAACUGUCUCUGCCUAAAAUCCCCCCUGAGGCACUGGUGGUGCCUGAGGUGCGCACACCUGUGCUGGGGUUUCCUGUUCAUCCAGCAGGGGCUGCCCCGCUGCUCAUAGACCUAACGGAUGACUCUCCACCAGCCCCUCCCUGUGAUCCCCAAGAACCUCCUCAUGCCUCCUCACAGUCCCUUUCUUCCCCUUUUACUUCUUUCCCCUCCUCCCUCCAAAACAACCCCGUACCCCGCAGCAGGAGAGAGGUGCCCCCUCCAGGUCGCCCACCAAACCCAGGUACCAACACGCCCAGCCCCACGUCCCCUUCAGCGACCAGCGUGCCACCCCAGCCAGGCCCACAACGGCCAGCCAAGCCCAAACAUGCCCAACCCCAAGAACCUUCAUACCCCAGCAAGCGCCUCAGUAUUUUGGAGGAAGAAGAUCCUCAGCACCAUCCACUGACCACCCACCUCCCUGUUGCUUCCUCAUCCGCCCCCACCUGGAAGUGCCCUAGCUGCUCCUUGCCCAACCCAGGUAGCUCAUCCAAGUGUGAAGCCUGCCGAUCAUCUCGGGCUGGUGCUGACCUCAUUGACCUUGUAGGCUGUGAGACGGUACGAUUUACCCCGGCCAGCCCCUCCAGUCCGGACUUUAGCACCUGGGCCUGCUCCAAGUGCACGCUGCGCAACCCUACAGGUGCACCCAAGUGCUCUGCCUGUGGUUCUUCCAAGCUGCAUGGCUUUCAGGAGCAGCAGGUGCCACUACCCCGCUGCUGUACACACUGUGGUCUCCCACUGGGGCCUGGCACUGCAUCAUGCUCCUGUACUCCUUCCUCCUCUUCAUCCUCCUCGGGUCAUAAAACACGGAAACAGGCCCGGGGCUUCCCUUCCUCCUCCUCUGCUAUUGCUUCUAGCUCCUCUUCCUCCUCCACCUCUUCUAGCCUUCAGGAGAAGGUAGGACAGUGGAGCUGCCCAGCAUGUACGCUGCUUAACGACACCAAGGCCAAGAACUGUGCAGCAUGCCACACACCCCAACAGUACCUCACCCUUCGCAAGGUGGUAAAGCCUCUGAAGAGGAGGGAGAGCAUGCAUGUAGAGGCCCGUCGACGAAAUGACGAGGGCGAGGCCAAAGAGCUUUGGGAGAACAUCGUCAGCUUCUGCAGAGAGAACGCUGUGAACUUUGUGGAUGACAGCUUCCCCCCUGGACCUCGCUCCGUGGGAUUCCCCGAGGGGGACAGCGUCCAGCAGCGGAUAAAAAAGUGGCUCCGUCCCCACGAGAUCAACUGCAGCAACUUCAAAGACCGAGGCGUCAAGUGGUCUGUCUUCCGCACGCCGCGGCCCUCUGACAUCCUGCAAGGCCUGCUGGGGAACUGCUGGUUCCUGAGCGCGCUGGCGGUGCUGGCGGAGCGUCCAGAGCUGGUGGAGAGGGUGAUGAUCACCAGGACCAUCUGCCCGGAGGGGGCCUACCAGGUUCGGUUAUGUAAAGACGGGACGUGGACGACGGUGCUGGUGGAUGAUAUGCUGCCCUGCGACGACUAUGGCUACCUCCUCUUCUCCCAGGCCCAAAGGAAGCAGUUAUGGGUGGCGCUGAUUGAGAAGGCCCUGGCCAAACUCCACGGCUCCUACUUCGCCCUGCAGGCAGGGCGUGCCAUCGAGGGCCUGGCCACGCUGACGGGGGCUCCCUGCGACUCGCUGAUGCUCCAGGUCAGCUCCACCAAUCCUCGGGAAGAACCCAUCGAUACGGACCUCAUCUGGGCCAAGAUGCUCAGCUCCAAGGAGGCUGGGUUUCUGAUGGGUGCAUCUUGCGGAGGAGGCAACAUGAAGGUAGACGACGUCGUCUAUGAGUCUCUGGGUCUGCGACCUCGACAUGCCUACUCUGUCCUGGACGUACGCGAUGUGCAGGGUUACAGGCUGUUGCGGCUGCGUAACCCGUGGGGUCGCUUCUCGUGGAACGGCAGCUGGUCGGACGAGUGGACGGACUGGCCGCAGCACCUGCGUCACGAGCUCAUGGCUCAUGGCAGCAGUGAGGGUGUCUUCUGGAUGGAGUACACAGACUUUAUAAAGUACUUUGACUCAGUGGACAUCUGCAAGAUCCACUCAGACUGGCAGGAGGUGAGACUACAGGGUUGCUUCCCCAGCAAGGCGAGCGGGCCGGUCACCGUCACAGCCCUCACCGUGCUGGAGAGGACGGCGCUGGAGUUUGCUCUCUUCCAGGAGGGAAGCAGGCGUUCAGACACAGCCGACAGCCACCUGCUGGACCUGUGCAUCAUGGUGUUUCGUGCCUCCUUCGGCAGCGGCAACAAGCUGACUCUGGGACGCCUGCUGGCCCACAGCAAGAGGGCGGUGAAGAAGUUUGUUGGCUGCGACGUGAUGCUGGAGCCGGGGGAGUACGCUGUUGUCUGCUGCGCCUUCAACCACUGGCAGAUGAAUGUCAGCGGCACGGGAGGUCCACCCACACCCAUCUCGAGCCCCACCAGCGGAGCGGCACGGCGGCCCAGCCAGGACUUCCCCGGCUACAUUCUGGCUAUCUACAGCUCCAGACAGGUGAUGGUGGAGCAGGUGGAGGCGACCGCCACCACGCUGGCCGACGCCAUCAUCCUCCUCACAGAAAACAAAGGCGAAAGACACGAGGGCCGCGAGGGCAUGACGUGCUACUACCUGACCCACGGCUGGGCAGGGCUUAUCGUGGUGGUGGAGAACCGCCACCCCAAAUACUACCUCCACGUCUCAUGUGACUGCACUGACAGCUUCAAUGUGGUGUCCACGCGCGGCAGCCUCAAGACCAUCGACAGCGUGCCGCCUUUGCACAGGCAGGUGCUGGUGGUACUGUCACAGCUGGAAGGAAACGCUGGCUUCUCCAUCACCCACCGCCUGGCUCACCGCAAGGCCGCACAGGCCUCCCUUGGAGACUGGACCCCCACCAAGGCCACCCACAGCCCCCAGCUCACUCCGGACAUUGACGGCCUGCACCGGCCCAGGCCUCUAUGACCACCGCCCACUAUCUCGCACGCACACAGGCUAUAAUCCAACGAACUGUCAGACCACUGGAAAACCAGGCGAGGGAGGGCGAGUGGUGUGUGUGGCCCUGAAACACAGAGAAAGAUGCACAUUUGUGUGUCUUGUUGGAUGAACACACACCUGAAUGUAAAGCAGAAAGGGGCAGCGUUUAUGUGCUGCCCUCUUAAUGCUUCAUAAAAGUCUUCAUCUGGCUAGCGCCCCCCCUUUGCCAAGUGGAUGUGCCAUGUCCGGAUGAAAUGAGGGAAGUGGGCCACAGUGGGUGACCAGGACUUACUCACAAAACAGUUUUUUUUUUUUUUACCCAGGCACCUGACAGGAUCCAGUUCAGACUGUAAUUUUCUUUUUUUUGUACAAGCGCUGUAUGUGGAACAGAAGUCGCCCAUGAGUUUCGUAUUCGUGGAGACAACCCUGCUUUCAGAGAGCUUCACGGGAAUCGGGGUGGAGUGCCGUAACUACUGAGCCAUUUUCUGGCCCACAACCUAUGAGCCAAUCACCCGCAGCGAUCAGACACUUAUCCUAUGUUGUCCACGAGGACAGCUAACAAAGCAGGAGACUUCAGGGGGGAGUUUAUCUCACUCAGCCCUCAGUACGGUACUUAAUGAGCCAAACCCAGCUUCUACUUCUACUCAUAGUCAUUCGUUUUGUUUUGUUUUUUUAUUUGAGAAUAUACACAUCGGUGUUGCUCGUUUUAUACGUGACCCUAGUUGCCGUUUUGUCCAUAUUUGUGUUUUUGAGGUCGUAGGAAAAGCCAUCAUUCAUACAGUACUGUUUGUCCCCGCUCUCCAUCAUCACCACAGUGCUGUCUAGCGCUCUCUCUAGCUCAGGACCAAACCCAUGAUUUGUACAGGAAGCUGGAGUCAAGACUUCAAGCUGAUGUGUGUGGCAGGUGUACGGUGCAUCUGGAAUAGCAUCUUCCUGUCUCUCUGUUGUUCGUCCCUCAACACGCUUAACCAGCCAAGCUGUGGUGCAGAGAGUAGUUGGGGAGUUUUACCUUGUGAAAUACUGACAGAAUUCCCACGCUCGCGCUUCGAUAGACUAACGUACAAUUUUCGCCUUUCUCCCUACAGAGAAACAAACACUGUACCUCCUUUCUUCCCUUUCCCUUAUUUACUUUAAUUCAUUUUCACUCAGCCUCGGUUUGAGGUCUGAGCGCCGGAGGCGAGUCAUUACAUGACCGGCUUUGUAGUUUUCCCCUCAGGCGUGCUGGCUUUUCUCAUCCAGUUCGGCAGUCGGUUUACAUCUUUCCACAUAAAUUCACACUUGGGGAGCAACUCUGCUCUCUAGACAUUUAUAUAGAGUGAAUUAAUGCUGCAUCUUGCACUCUUGGAUUAUGACACCCCAAAAUUUGUGUCUGGUCUGUAUUUUUUUUUUUUUUUUUUGGUACUGGAGGUCAGUGAGUAUUUGUCUAUUUUUCACACAUCAACAGAUUGCCAGUGUUUUGAUUUACACUUUGGCGUGCUUCGGGAGUGGGGAGCUAGUGGCUGUUUGAACAGUCGGUUUGCCAUAGGGGAGCUCUUAAGAGGAGCUGCCGAGUUUACUUUGCGAGGUCAGGGACCAUUUUUGUUUGCUUGGGUGCAGUGCGAGCAUCUGGGCCAUCCUCCCGCAAGAAUACACUGACAGCACAUUAGCGACAGCACUGUGUCCUCGUGUAAUAACAAAUUACCAUUUUGUCAGGCUGCGUGCACACAUAACAAGAGAGCGAAGGGGACCCCUGAGACACUUCGUGACACAGAAAAUAGUUAAGUUCCCUCGCAGUUUGGGCUGCGUUGUUUCAAAGGCUACAAUUGCCUACAGCUUGUUUUUUUUUACGUAGGUGCUCUUUCAGGGCUUCACCCGCUUCCAAUCUCUACAGUGUCAAAGCCAUUACUCCUGCUUCCCUAAGGAUCUUUCAGUCCUCACCAUGGCAACAUAGAUGUUUCAUGAGAGACAGGGGAAAGACUAAUGCGGUACUAUAGUAACAGACUGGAGUGGGAGACUUUUUGUUAAGUAAAGUUGAUGUCUUACUAUUAUGUAGUGAAAUGGGGAAAAACUUGAAAGCGAAAUCCUGGAAAAAAAAACGAAAUUUUCAUGUCAAGAUCAGAGUCUAAACAUUAAUGUUCCAGCAUGAGACGAUUCAGUUCAGGAGUCAAACAAGUCCUGAAACACGCGUCAUCUCAUGAGCGUCGUCCCUUCUGUUAGCAUUGUCAGCGGUGAUGGUAAGUGGCAGCGCCGUGUCCCAAUGCUCGCAGCCUUACUCGCUGGUAAGACUGCACUUCACGACACCUUCAGGACAGUUUGUAAGAAAGCUACUACACCAGCGUCACGUUUCUUUGAUGAAACCUGAAGCUGAAGUAACUGUAAAUAUGUUUUCCAAAGAAACAUAAUGACCACUUUCAGAGUCUGUCUGCCCUGUGUGAGUGUGUGCGUGCUCACAGCUAGCUGUGAACCUAGUGUCUAAUUUAUUGUAUAAGUGAUUCACAGGCCCGUUGUCUAAUGAAUAAUGUUGAAUACUGGACUGAUGAAUGACAGAUAAAGGAAUGUGAUAAUUUAUGGCUUUAGUUUGAGCCCAGAGGGAUUAGCUUGACGAGAAAUGAACCUGCACUGAAACACCUGCAAUGACGAGACACCUCAAAAUUCAAUGUCGUCUCUGGAUCACUUUACAUUUACAUGAGAUUGAUUUUUUCUUUUUUUUUUAUACUAUGUUUUUGGUUCGUUUUUGUGUCAUAAUUGUCAUUUUGGCUCGUGCUGGUGUCCUAUGAACCUACUCCUCUUCUGUGAAGUCGUGGUGGUGACUCUUCUGUGUGUCAUGGGCGCCCCCUGCUGUUGAAGAGGCUGCAGCCAGAGGACGGCAGGUCAUUCCUAGACCAGCCAACUCAACGCCUUUUCUCUCCUUUGUCUGGUUCCCUCCUUGUAAAUUGUACAGACUGCAAUCUAAAGCCACACAAAAGUUAAAAAAAAAGAAGAAAAAAAUUAACUGACCCUUUUAAACUUGUAAAAAAAAAUGAAAGUAUGAUAGUAGAAACAAAAAAAAUGAAACCUAAUGCUGAAAAAAAUGGAACUCUGAAUGUGAUAUAUAUUUUAUUGAUCUUUUCUGGGGGGGAUAUGAGUAUAUGUGUACAAACAUGUAUGUUUAAUUUUCAAUCUCAGGUUCCAAUGGACCAAAUAAAUUUUUUUAAAUUAAA